AUUUUUUUUUAAAUAUAAGCGUUUCAUGAUUGAUUGCAAAAAUUACUAUUUUCGAAUUCAAGUAUUUCGCAUGCAGCAAUUACUUAUAAGAUUAUGUCUUCAGUCUACUUCAAACUUGAUUUUAGUACGUCAUUAAACAUACAUUAUGCAAGAGCUAAAUCUGCCCUCCUAUUACAGGUAUUUCUUUAAAUUAUUAAUUAGACAUUAUAACUUAUCCAGACCAUAAUAAACUUUCGAUGCCAUCGUUAGCCGGCAAUAUUUAGUGGAUUUGAAUGCAUUUUGUGAUGGAUAAUUUAACGUAAAAAAGGAUAAUCGAGAUAUGCACACGUGGUCAUUAUAUAAAGAAUGAAUAUUAGUUAAUAUUAACCAAGACAUUUUUUUGUGAAUGCAACAAACACAUGUAAUUCAUUUUCCCUAAAAAAUACAAGGGUCUUUUGAGAGAUGAAUUGCGAAAUCUUGCAAAUUCAACAAGGAAGAAAGAAAUACUAAUCAAAGAUAGUAAUGCCGUUCGAGGCCAACCAAAAAUUGAAUCGUUAAUAUCUCAGUUCAGAGUGAAGCAACUUGACUGAAAUUUUCAGCAUAUUAUUCUGUUUUCAUUAUCUAUGCUUUAAUUAUUAUAGCAAUCUAAUCUUACCUAACGUCCCUUUAACUAAAGCAGAUCCAUCAUAUACGGAUCACAGUUUUAAAGUGGCCUUCUCUUGUAAAUAUAUUUAUUAAUCGUGUUUGAAAUGGCCUUUCACCAACUUUUCGAUUUGACAUGCUGUUGACGUGUGGCCAAACUGCUACUCGAAUAUUUUCAAUUUUCACAGCCCUUUACGCUACUAGUGAUAUAUAUGUUACUAAUAAAGUUAAUUACUUUAAAAAAAAAUCUUAUUAAAUAUAAGCUUAAAUUCUCAAUUACCGAAAAUCAGAGAUUUUGUGUGAAUAUCCACUAAAAUCGUAGUAAAAAUAUCAAUCAAAACUUUCAUAUCUCCCCAUUGACCAAGCCAAUACCACUUGUCUCAGGUUUUUGCUACAAUCGCAUGGUGUAACUGUGUAUUGACAAAUCCAUGUCUGUUUAAGCUUUAGGUUUAAAACAUCUACAGCCUCCCACCUGUCUAUAAUACCCAUUAAAGUAUAUUAGGUUUCCUAUCGGAGGAAAACGAUGCUGUGAAUCGUGCAAACUGUGUCAUGCCUUUUCUUAAGAGCAUUUCGUGGUUGCUCUUUUGCCAAAUAUUCCCCUAGUGUCUAUGGUGGAUUAGAUUUUUUUUAAUGUUUUCAAUGCCUAUGUUUUGAAGUUCUUCAUCUGCGUCAUCCGUGAUCCUUUCGUUUGUCGUACAUUGGAUACUUUACUUAAUCUGCUUAACAAUGAAGAAUCCAACUUAAACGUGCAUUUUGAGGACAGUUUACAAGAUGUAUUUAAUUGAUUAGCAAAGUUAUUGAAAGAUCAAACGGAUUAGUUUCCCUUUUUAGAAUGACUUACAUAAUCUACAUAUCACGCCUUUGAUUUAACUACGACCUUGGCAUGCAAGAAAUCUCUCUAAACCUAUCUAUUUAUUCAUGUUCAAGAGAUUAUCUUUCUUAUAUACUUCUUGGCAAAUUAAAAGACAAAUUCAUUUUAUUAGAAGUUGGUGACUGAAGCCCUAUGGUUGUAGAAGGUCGUUAAUAUAUUGCUGUUGUCAGCGUAUAAAACAGCUACCAUACGUUUUUUUCUUGGGAUUGAUCGAGUAUCGGUGCGACUGAAUCCUGUCUCUAUAAUUUCCUGGGGUGUGUGAUAAAGUUACCUUCAUAGCAACAGGAACAUUAUACAGUUGCACACGUGGUCAUUAUAUAAAGAAUGAAUAUUAGUUAAUAUUAACUAAGACAUCUUUUUGUGUGAAUGCAACAAACACAUGUAAUUCAUUUUCCCUAAAAAAAAAUACAAGAGUCUUUUGAGAGAUGAAUUGCGAAAUCUUGCAAAUUCAACAAGGAAGAAAGAAAUAAAUUUCUUUACAGGUAAUACGUUGAUGAUAAUAAAUGUCCCCCCGUAAUAAUUGGCCCAUUUACCAAACAGAUGAUAUUGCUCAAUAUCUAAAUACCAACUGUAUAGGUUAAUACCAUCUCGAAUAACUUCCUUCUUUCAAACUUUAUUAGAUCCAUUAUUUAAACAUUAUUUAAUGCUACAGCUGUCGAUUAACACCCUCUGGUAACUGACUAGAGAGGCGCUAGGAAGUGAUUUUUGUUGGGGGAGGAGGGGAGGGGGACAAUAUUCACAAAUCCGAGUUGGCGGAGAUGACGCCAUGGUAGGUGGCUGGUUCAUAGCUGAAAGAGUAUAACCAAACCACGUUUUUUAUGAAAAUAUUUGACGUAAUAGCUUAUGGUAUUUCCAUUUUCUUUUAAAAUGAAAACAAAAUCAAUGGUUGAUUUUUUUAAAUAGGUGGAAUUUUAACUAAAAUAUUGUGCAAAACAAGGAUUUGCUUGAACCUAACAUCACAUUUUUGCUACCACACGCAAAAGCACCAUUUGCUAUAUUUUGUUAAAGACUGUCCACAAGCGAAAUUGUAUAAUAGUCACCAUAGAUGUUUCUUACAUCUCACAAAUUACUUGAAAUAAACAGUCUGUUUCUCGAAUGGAUGGAUUAAGAAUGCUUUAUGCAUGGUUUGUAACUGAUUGAAACUGCAUCCUUUGGAAUUGUGUCAUACUUUGGUUAUUUAUUUUAUUAUGCUAUAGAUCUUUCAAAUUGUUGGGUUUUUAAAUAUACACACCUGAAGGUAACGUUAGUAUAGUCUUUUUUAUAUUCUGUAAAUAUGUGCUGUAGUAUUAUAAGUCGGUCCAUUUAUCAACUAAGUAUUUUACAGGGUUAUUCUUUUUCUUUUCAUUUUUAUAUUUAUUUCUGUCAUUUAUAAAUAUAUUUUGUAUUUAUUAUCUGUUUUAUGUGGUAAGUAAUGGUUCUUGUAUUUAAGUUGUACAUAUUUUUCAUUCAUUGCUCUAAUAUUAUAGGGGGGUUUGAUGGCCGAAUGGUUAGCGCGGGCGUUGUAUCAUGAGGUUUGUCAUGAGCCAACUGGCGUGGUUUCGAUUCCUCGGUUGUACGUGACAAGGAGUAGGGUCGCCUGUCCAACCUCGUGGGUUUUCUCCGGGUCCCCCGGUUUCCUCCCACUACUAAAGACUAUGUUAGUCCCAGAAUGACCUAGUUUGUGUUCAGUGGACGUUAAACCCCAUUUCUCUCACUCUCUCCCUUAUAUUAUUAUAAAUGCUCAACCUGAAGCUCAAAAGAGCACGAGUAUUGUUAUUCAAUUAAUUUUAUUGUCUGAUGCUCAAUGACCUUUGGAUGGCCCAGCCAGCAUAGACUAUACAACGCAUCAAAAAUAUAUAAUAAUUGAAGCAAUUAUGUUCGUGAGUAUUAAUAAAUAAUUGUCAACCGAAAUAUGAUCUCCAGGUGUGGUUUACUUUGAGAAUCAAGGGAACUUGAGCAAUAUUAAAACUGUACAGGAAUAAGACGAAUGCAUGGGUAACGAACGUAAUUAAUUCGGUGCAAUACAAUUAAGUCAGAUAUCGUAAUUAAAAUUUUUUCCACAUUUUAGUCUCAUAUUCUUUGUACUUAAUUUUGAUAUAAAAAAUUAUUUUCAGACGUCAAUUAUUAAGAUUAAGUUUAGCUUAUAAUUAAUGUCUUUUGUUGAUAUUUUCUAGUGGUGUAAAUAUGUUUGCCAUGCUGACUGGAAGUUUACCAUUUACGGUUGAACCGUUUAAUAUAAAAGCUUUACAUAAUAAGAUGAUUAUAGGACAGAUAAAUCCCACACCUGAUAAUCUUACCCACGAAUGUAGAGAUUUGUUGAGAAAGUUGUUAACCCCGGAUCCUGCCAAAAGAAUAACUAUCACAGACGCAAUGAAACACGUCUGGUUGUCAGAAGGUAAAAGUGGGUUCUUUGAACGACAUCCUUGCCCAAAUAAACUGAGGACAGACGAACUAGAUAGCAAUCUAUUAAAACAUAUGUGUCACAACCUUGGCUUCAGAAUGAAUGAAAUCAUUCGCUUUUGUACCGGAAAUGUUCCCAGUGCAGCUAACGCCACAUACCAGUUAUUUUUGAAGAAAUUACGACGUUACAACGCCGACGCAAGAGUCAAGGGAAAAAUCCCGGCAGUGGACAGUCGUUUAAUGGAACCAACGAAAAUAUCCCUGGUCUUCCAUGAUUUACCACACAGAAAAACAGGUAUGGUUCCAACUGGGGUGAAACUUCUACGACGCCGUGAACCAGGCAAUGAUAUUCCAGAUAUCAUCGCAAAUAGCCAGCGAUCACCCAAAAUAACAUCGCCCAGAGUAGAAAAAGAUAUUACUGUUACGGAACUAGACAAUGAUAAAAAUUCCUCGGAUGAUUCUCAAGACACAUCAGUGACAUUGGAAGGAAAGAAAACACCUAUCCAAAUACCGACUGCCGUGUAUACAAGUGAAGAUUAUACCCCAGUGAGACGCUCAGUCUUUAAAACUACUAAUAUACAACGAGUACUAUGUGCCAACCCAACCUGGCUCAGAAAAACCUGUCAAAAGGAAAAAAAGACAAUGAGUGAUGAGUUAUCAAACAUCAAUAAACUACUCUCACCACAAAAAUCUACAACAGAAACAGAAAUCAUCUCCAAUGUUAGCGGAAAGAGUAGCGUGUAUGUUCGUCUGGGAAAACAUUUGAAUCCCACUCGCCAAGCGCAAAAAUCACGAAACAGCAGAACGGACAAAACCGGCUCGUCAUCGGAGACGCCGGUCAUCACAACUGUAGUGAAUCGCAGUAAUUCUAAUAAUAUAAGUGUAGAUCUGAAACCCAUGAAUAAAAGACCAGUGCAAAUCAAUUAUUUAGCUGCCAACAAGAUGGAUAGUCGUCAGAGUAAAAUAGAUAAUCUCAGGCGCCCGGUUUCAAUUGCUAAAAAAUCGGCGUCAAAAAAUGAAGCCGUAAAAAAAUCACGAACUGUUGAAAGUGUGAAGGACGAGCGACUCGAACUCAACACAUGUUUGGUUACAGAUCGGUUGUCAGACAUUUCAAACUCUAGGGACUCAAUAUUACAAAACCCUAAAGGCGAUCCAGAUGUUGUUCUACCAGCCAUAUCGCCAGUGUUCUCGCGAAAUCAUUGACAAACUAAAAAAACGGUCUACAAGGAAGUCGUGUAGUGCUCACGCCAACACAAGUCAUUACCGAUUACAAAGGAAGUGUAUCUUCUCUCACAGAUAAUUACAUACUACCAUAUUAUUCUGCUGUUGACCAAACUUGUCAAGCAAAUUGAAGUGUGUGAUAUUUUAUGUAUUCAAUUGGAUACAUAAUUGUUUUAUUUUUGUGGCUACAAUGAUAGUAUGGUCAAAACUUUAAACAAUUAACAACUUUAUUUAUUCUUAAAGAUGCCUUAUUAAGUAAGAGCUUAAUCUGCCUAGUGUAGGUAUAUAUAUUUGGCUUCAACAAAUGUUAUAUAAAUUAUUAUUGAACAUUUAUUAACAUGACAAGCCCAUGAUUAACUCUCUUGGCCAUCGUUGUUCCCUGAUUUUAAGUAGAUUAGAACACCGAGGCAAUUUAAGAGUUAAUUAAGCCAUAAAAGAGAUAAUCGAGACUUAGGCUAGAUUGUCAGGUAACGUUUUUGAACGAAUAUAGCAAAAACGUUGCAGCUCUUUCUCUAAUUCUUACGAUAUCCACCUUUAAGAGCAACAGAGUCAAAUAAAUGUAUCCAUUAUAUACGUAAUCCGUACAUAAAAAGCGACGGAACUUGUCAUCAGUUACGGUAUUUAAAGACAUACGAUGUAAGAGCUGUAGUUAAGAUAAAUACGGAACAAUAAUCACCAUUAACAACUUUCUAGCAUGAAAGGAUUAUUUAUAAUCUCUGCACUGGUGGGUAAUAUUAUAACAACUAUUGUCUGUCAUGUUAUAUGUGUACUGCAUAUGGGCUACAACACAGUACUACUCAAUCCAUAUUAGUCCCAGAGAAAAGUAAUUUCUUCUGUUCAUUUCGACAUUUUCGCAAUUUUAUAUAAUGAUAAAAAAAACCUUUCGACAUUGUCUUCAGAUUACUGAAGUAAGAUGAUCUGUAAAAUGGAACAUAUAUAGUAUAAUGGAAGAAAUUUAAUACUUUUUUUU